ACAUACAAUAUCCAAUGUCAAGCUGGUUAGUUUACGUAAGCGCUGGAACAUCAUGAUAAGCACGCGAAUUUUGGUGAGAACAUGUAGAUGUGCCUGCUACAAUUCCAUUAAAAAUGGACUCCAGAUUAACAGUCACAAAAGCCAGAUAAGCAGUCCGAUUUUACAGAGAAUCCCGUUGCAUCUUCCUGUCGUCAGCUGUUCAACAAAUAUCAUAAAGACAGAGGAAAAAAAAACAACUCAAGAAACCAAAGCUUUCAAAGACAUUUCAUUUUUUAGAAAAAUCAAACAUACUUUAGGAUUUGACAGGGAUUUAAGAGUAUCUUAUAAGAAGUUAGAACUAUCAGCUUACAGAUCAUGGUUAUGUAUCACAGAACUCGUAGAUCAUGAUGCAUUUUGUGAAAUUCUUGAUCUGCCUGAUACGUUUAAUACUUGGUUUCUCAUCAAUGAACUACAUUUAUGGAUCAUCUUAACACGCCUGAGUUUUGAAGGCGUAGAGGGGAGAUACUUCCGAAAUGUUCUUGUCUCUUUGAUGUGGAAGGAUACGGAAUUACGAAUGAAAGAAGUAGAGACUGUGUCCUUUAAUGAAAGGAAAGAAUUUUUGGACCAAAUGAAAUUUCACCUGCAGAACGCAUUUCUGUUCUACGAUGAGGUAAUUAUCAAGGAUGAAAUCAAUCAGGUUCUUCACAUUUGCAAGUAUUCAUUAACCAACAACCAACUGCCACAUGAUAGUGUCUAUAUAUAG